AUGCCCAAAUGGCACGCCGAGUCGACAACCCGACUUGUCCGCCUGGAGCUGCGCGAGGGUGUCACGCUCGACCGCAUCGCGCACCAGCUGCGCCUCGGCGGUGGCACGGUCCUAGUGGUAGUUCCCGGCCGACCUCCGAUCUGCCUCAGGUGCCGCAGCACGGGGCACAUUCGGAAAGACUGCCGCGUCCCUAGGUGCAGCGAGUGCCGCGCCUUCGGGCACGAGCAGGUCGACUUCACCCGGUCGUACGCUCGGGCAGUUGGGCGAGGCACGGACGGAGGAGAUCAGAACGAGCUCCUCAUGGACGAGGAAGAAGCAGAACGAGCAGCGGCGUCGGCGGCCACGCAAGACAAGGCCGAAGAUACGAAAGAAGUCGUCGUUGUCGCCAAGGAAGGACGUGAGCUCGACGGGCUCCCGAAAAGUGUGUCUUCUGUUCCAGCCGCUCAACCGGAGUCGGCGACCGGGACCACCGCCAAGGUGGUGGACCCUGUUCCUGCACAAAGUGAGGACAGCCCUCCCACGGAGAUGGACUUCGACGUGGCGGCAGUAAAGCGUCGCCAUGACGAUGUCAGCGCGGCAUCGCAGGAGGGGCGGCUCAGUCAGCUUGAGAAGCAAUGGAAGACUGGCAGCGGUCGGGGGAUACGCGUCCCCAACAAACCGCGUUCGUCGUUGCUUACACGUGGCGACAAGCAUGCUCCGUGACCGCCUGUUGAACUGGAACGCGCUUUACUACGCUAGCUGACAAGGGUAAGCGCCGUAGGGUCAGCCUCUACUAGUUGAU